AUGUCCUAUCUCCCAACUUUAGCGCCUGAUUCCAAUGACUGCAAGCUACAUAAUUUGUACGAUACACAGAGCUGUAUUAUAGCUGCAGUGUGCAUUCUAAUUGGAACUGCAAAAUGCUUUUUUGGUAAGAUACAAGACGAUCCCUAAGCUAGCUGUAAUCCACUUUUAUGAAGUUUGGAACGAAAACGUUACCGUGAAAUAGAUAUUGCUAUAUCGAAAAACAUUUCUUGCAGCUCUUACUGAAAUGUAUAUUGUUUAACUUGUUUAUUCAUUUACGAAGUAUCGAAUCUGCCUUUCACCAGGCAUUCAGAGGAGAUCCGGACGAAAUUUUCAAAAAUACUCGGUGGACACCCAGCAAUAUUCUGAUUUUCUUUAGGGAUGGACCAUUUAAUUUUUGAGGGGGGCCCUGGGAAAUUACCGAAAAAAAAUCCUGCACAGCAAAAGUAGCGAAAAAAAUCUCCUGCAGAACGGACCAUGGGAAAAAAAAUCGAGCAAGCCUUUCUUUUUAUAGGAUCCUGUUGGACGAAAUGAAAAACAGGGCAGUGUAAAAUGCAGACUGACUAGCCGGUUAGAAAACAAUGGGACUAUUGUUGUCACAUACUCAUUUGCAUGGUGAAAACAAUUGUCCGCAGUCUGCGUUUUACACUGACCGAUGAAAAACUAAUUUGUAAAUUUUGUCAUAAUUUAAUUUCAACAGACCAAAGUGCUGUUUAAUAUUUGCUUAAUAAUUGACCUCUUUGUGUUUCUAGUAAUUAUUAAUAAACAGUAACAUAUUAAUAGCAUUCACAGUCUUGAAUGUAUCCAACUAUAAAGGACAACUGGUAGAGUGGUUGUACUUAAAAUCUAACAGUUGGUGUGUAAUAGCAGGGACAGCAGAGCAAGGGGACAAGGGGGCUGAACUUUUCUAGAGGAAACUUUCACGCAGGCCAGUGUUCUAACGCUGGGAUAUAUGGAAGGCCGGGAAAUAUGUAUCACUUUUACGAAACCUCCAUGAUAUUGCUGUAAGCACUAGAAUAUAAAGUACCUGUCAUUUUAUACUUUAUCCAGGUUGAGUUUUUUUAAGAUAUAUCUCAUGGAGAGUGUUAAAAAUGCCAUUUCCCAGGCUCUAGUUUAAAAAUUUUCUGGGGGAGAAUGCCCCCGAACCUCCCAAAAAAUUUGCUCCUUUGGUGCUCAUUUUCAAGCCCCCCCCCCCCCCCCUCCCUCGAACAAUAAUCCCCCCUCCCCCCACCUACCUUACACCCAAAAACCAAUAAAACACACCCAACAACCCACACAACAACACCCAUCUACACAUUAUGUAUGAGAGUGUUUAAAAAUGUCAUCUCCCCUGGGCUAGUUUAAAAUAUUUCUUGGGUGAGAUCCCCCCGAACCCCCCCAAAAAUUUUUUCCUUGUUUACCCCUUUUCAAACCCCCCCCCCCCCCUCUUAGUUGGAAAUAUGCUCUGCCGUCCCUGAAUAUACUGUCAAACUAAAAUAUAAGUGAAAAAAACCAACUAGUGUCUGAUAGAGCCCACUAUAAGUAAUAUUAUUUCAAGGAUUUGUGAGUAAAACCAUUCUACCAAAGGACAGUUUUAUGGUAGAGUGAUCAAGACCUUUCCUUUUAACGAAUCACUGUAAAUAUACAGUGUUGUUUAUUAUUAUUAUUAUUUAUUAUUUUGUUUUUUUAUAUAUCGAUGUAAUUCUACUUAUUUAAUUCAUGUUCUCACAUGUAAUUGUAAAGUGCCUUUGAUCUAUUUCGAAAAGGCACUAUAGGAAUUUUUGAAUUAUGUCAGUGAAACCUCUAUAUUUAGGCAGACCCUCGGUUCAGCUGACACCCUCUUUUAAGCAGCUAUUUAGCCCAGUCCUGGAAUAUAUAAGCGUCUUAUAUUUUCUUCUACAACCAACCUCUAUUAGGCAGACACCUCUAUCAAGUGGACGGGGACACCAAAAUGGAUGUUAUUUUGGCAUUUUUUUAUUGUUUCAAACCUCUGUUUAGCGGAAACCUGAACAAAUUUCUAGUAAAAGGCUUUGUUACUGUAAGAGGCUGGGAAGUAACUGGCCAGGUGUUUUCUUUAGGACUCAUCUUCAUUUUAAAUAAGAUAUUCAAUACUGAUUUCUUGGCAUUGGAUAAAAAGAUCCAGGCAUUUUUUAAAGUUUUGAAAUUCAGCUGAAUAGAAUCUCGCCUUUGUUUUGGUAACCCAAUAUGUAGCACUGAAUAGACUAAAUGUAGCUUUUAUCAGCCUGGAGAGAAAGCCGUGCUUGUGAUGUACAUGUAUCAUUUUUUGUUCCAUACUUGCAUAGGCAUACCUCAUGAAAUGCUCAUUUUUGGUGAUACUCUAAUAAAUAUGAAGACUGAAAACUGAUGAAAAAAAAAUUCGUGCACAACCUUAAGGUGCUAAAAAAAAAUUCUUGCACAGCCCAAAGGCGAAAAAAAAAAUCUUACCCACACAAAAUUGUCCACCCCCCCCCCCUAAAAAAUAAAAUGGUCCAUCCCUUAAGACAAGAAAUAUAGACGUCUGUAUUAGGUAAACACAGAUGUUCAGAGUGUAAUGCAAGGAUUUUUGCUGGACACAGAGUAUUAAUUUUUAAAAAUCAUCUGGCCUUUAGGCAGAAAUUAUGUCAUCACCUCUUAGAUUAGAGUGCAAACAAAAAGUUUCGUUGAAUGCGUUUUGAAUUCGCGUAUUUCUACUUCGUUCUUAUUCAUGUGGAAUUGAAACAAUAAAUACGUUCAUACACUCCCGUAGUUCCCUCGCAAAUUAUACCCGAUUCCAGACCAAAAUGGGCAAAGUGUGUACGUGUUUCCAGAUCAAAAAGGACCAAAAACUCUACCCAAUGGGGAGACACAUACCUAUAUGGCUUAUAUAGGGAAGUGACCCUCCUUGGUCGAUAUGACAGGAAUUCUCGCUUCCCUAUGAAGGAACAAGCUGUGUGUGUAACAAUGAGAUUUAAAAUUGCACAGUUAAUGAUGAUGAUGAAGUCACUGCCAAAAGUCUGCAUUGUUUGGGGAAAAUGCAAAUGUGGAUUCUUGAAAGAGGUUUUGUCUGUUAUAUUUACUAAAAUCCAAUGAUGGAUUUUGAAUCUAAAAAAUUCAUUCUCCAAGUGGAUUUAUUAGAUAAAAUCUACAAUUACUCCAAAUUUUUAAGAUUUGUGAUCUGUUCUCUCCUUUGGGAUUGGAUCCAAAAUAAAUACACCUAGAAAGGAGUCUGGUAAAAUAUUAGGCUUUUAAUUACUACCUCUUUCUUGUGAAAGAAUCCAUUUUUGUAUUUUUUUCAUUUCUAGCAAUGAAUCCAAAGAAUCUGAGAAUCUCUCUUUCUCUUAAAGAAAAACACCUUCGUAUUAGUUUUUGUUAUUAUCAUUUGAAGUACAGUGUAUAUACUGCAUACGUAAUAUUAUUGAUUGAUCAGUCAUUUUCAGGGUACCGACUGUUCAAAUUCGUGCUGUUUCUAGUUGGUUUCCUGGUGGCAUUUUUCUUCACCUAUCUAAUGUGUACUGAACAAUUAUCUGAUGAGCUCUCUGGAAAAGCUCUUGAGUAUAAGGAUCAGGUAAAAAACUUUAAAAUAUUAAUGAAUGUUGAGCUUCCAGCAUACCUUCCAACGGGCAAAGACAACAGGCAAAAUAAUUUCUUGUUUGUACCAGUGAUGAGUGAGGGAUGUAUGUCAUGAGGGAUGUGAGGGAUAUUCAGUAAAACCCUUCUAACUCGAACUCCUGAAGGAAAACGAGAAACAAUUCAAGUCACAUAAUUAGUGGGGGUUACAGUUAUUGGGGUCGAUUGGAUAUGCAAUUUGCCAGUGGUUGAUAGCUACAGAUAGUUACUGAUGUUUCAUUUAACUUCAGUAUAUAUUGUUAUUGUUGGCAUCAGGAGACAAUAAAAUCAAUGCUACGGUUUAGUCAGUGGUUGAGUUGCAGUGCUUGCUGUGGCUGUACAGUCUGGUAGGCUCUGUUGCAGUUGUUGAAGAUGAAUUCUAAGAUUGGCUUUGUGGGUACUGAUGCUGCCCUCAGCUAUCUGCACUCUCUCCUCUCAUCUACAGUGCAGAUUUAACUUACUUUAUAAUUAUUAGAAACUAAAUGUAACGUGGUUAUGUAUUUUUGUGAUAAAAUUAUGUUAUCUGUUUGUUGCACCAUUUAAAAUCAAAUUGCUAUUAUGUUAAUAGGUUUAGUGUCUUUACCGAUCACACAACAAGAAGAGCUAAUGGGUUGGCAUCUGAUUGGAGUAGAAAGAACCAGAAUUUAAGCUAUUGGGGUAAAUUUCAGAGAAAUUUAUUAUCUAGGGAAAGGAAAUUUAGUUUGAGUUAGCAGGCAAUUUGAGUUAUCCGAGUUGCAGUUAACCGAGUAAAAAUGACUGAAAAGUAGGAUGAAAUUCAAGGGAAAUGGGACUCUGUUCGAGUUAGCCGGGAGUUCAAGUUAUCCGAGUUCAUGUUACUGGGGUUCUUGCGUGUGUAUUUAUAUCUUGCUGGAUCAUCCUAUGGGAAUUCUUACCUUCUGUUUAAGAUAUCUCUUGGCAUCUCUGUUGGAGUUGGUGUUAUUGCUGGCCUGCUAACAUUGUGCCUUUUUUACGUUGGACUUUUUCUACUUGGUAAUUAAUAAUAUUGUUGAUAUCUAAUAGUCAUUAAUUAUAGUAGAUGUAAAUAAUGAAAUCACCCAACAAUUUUUUGUUAGCCUCUCAUUGAAAUGUAAACCUCAACACCACAAGGACCUUGAGGAAUAAUAUCUCCUUGUGAUUAUUUUGAUUGUAAGUAAUAGAAAUCUCUCAGGGGCGGAUCCAGGAUUUUUUUUAGGAGGGGGUGCACUCGUCUCUUGUUCUACUUCAACACCAAUAAACCACAUGGUUUUUUUUUGCAGAAUAACAGUUGCAUCUCCCGGGGGGGGGGUGCGCACCCCCUGCACCCUCCCCCUAGAUCCGCCCCUGUCUCUUAUUUGAACACUUCAAUGGAGAACACUUCAAAUACAGCAUCUUUCAUAGGAGUUGGGCUAAGUGUGCGUUUUAAUUUUUAAAGGAGCGAGCGCAUGGGAUGGUUUGUUGGCAUGGCUCUUCUGCCCCUCCUAUACAAGCAUAAUUUCAGUGUACUUGUCUGA